AUGUUUUCUCCAGAUCCUGCGCGAGCACAAUCACUACGGCCCAAAAGAAAUAGACAGACUGCAGGCACUGACGACACCAUAAAAUUACCCCAAGCCAAGCGGAAACGAUCAGCUUUACGUCGAGACACAUUCGAGCCGUUGGCCGAGGCCAGCCUCAACGAAGUUGCGGGACGUGAGAAGAUUGAAGAAAAGAGCAAUGGACAUACAACACCACCCUCCCAGUCCCUAGAGGUGACAAUUCGAGGGAAGAAACCUGAGAAACGCUCUGAACGUUCCGCAGCAGGCUCAGCGGCAUUGACCCUUUCCAACAAUGAUUUCUAUACCGUCGUCCAGCUGCCAACCCUUCCAGAGCAGAUUCGCAAUCACCCCGACAUCCCAUAUUCGUGUGUCAUCUCUCCCGAGUAUGGCUAUGCAUUGGCCUUGACACAUACUGACGCCUUGAUCUGGGCUUUCAAUUCCAGCGCAUCCACCCCGUCAUCUCGAGAUGUCAUCAACUUCAAGUUACCGUUCCCAUCUGCGUCCAUUGAAGACCCACUACCUCUCGCCACGUUUACUGCCAAGUCUGCGAGCGGUGAACCCGGACUACUCGUGGUUUCUUCAAGGUACGGCCAAGUCGUGUACUGGGAGACAAUAUCUAGUGCAUCUUCCUUCAUCCCAGGUCAGACUUCAAGCGGCGUUCAAGGUUCAGUUCCUGGCUUGAUGAGUGGGGAGGUUGUAGAAGAGUUGGUCAAUGCAGAACCCUCCGGUUUUAUGCUAUCACUCAGACAUGGUCGAGUUGCUCAUCUGACCACUCGUGAUCAAAUGGGAAGACCUGCUAUUGGCGUUCAAUUCCUCCGGAAAUACACGAACAACACCGGUCUCUUCGGCAGUAUCCGCAAUGCAUUUGGAGGAGACCGCAGGAAGGGAACCCCAAUCAUCAAGGCCGGGGGUUCGAGAAAGGGACAACGCGAUGUUGUCGUUGCUACCGAAGAUGCCGAGCUUGAAUUCUGGAAUACAAAUCUCGGUGUUGGGAACUCCCUGGAAACAUCUUUCAGUUUCAAGGAGGCAGUCUUGGAUGCACUUAAGUCGACCGUGUCGGAGACAACGCUCCAAUUCAAGAUCCUAGAUUUGGAACUGUCUGCUGGCCCAAGUACUGCUUUGUCCCGUAGGGAGAGUCAUGGCGCGCCUAUGAUGGUACUGGCCGCUCUAUCUACCAGUACUGAAACGAAUUACCAUAUCAUUGAGAUGGUCGUGGAUGAAGGUGCCAAAGUCAAGGUCGUUCAUCCGAUUAAGUGUUACACAACACCCAUCACAGAGCAUCAAUCUUGGAGACCACGAUUAUGCUUGUCCAAAUCUCAACCUAUGGUCUUCGUCUUAUUCGAAACAGCCGUCGUUCUGUUCUCACUGGCAAAGAUUUCGGAAUCACCAUCCUCACAAUUACUGAUGGAGCGACAUGCCCUUCCUGACCCAUUCCAGGACUGCAUCAGAUUUCAAGAAGGGACAAUUUUCAAGGUGCUCGGGCAUGCUCUCGAAAUGUCUGAGAAACAGUCAUCGAUUGUCUUCGGUGUGCAAGGCUUCGGGAUUGUCAAGGUCACCUCGCAUCUACAAGAGCAACAAGAAGUGGAUGUUGAAUCAGAUGACUUGCAAAGCCGAGUUACUGCGAAGACCAAGAUUGAACAAGCAGUCUUUUUCGGCACUAUCAAGCAGAACCCUCUGGAUCUCAAAAGCACCACGCAAUCGUUCACAUCAGAAGAAGUGCAGGCAGCAGCACUGGCCAUAAGUUCAGAAAUCCUCUCUUCGACUUCCAAGCAUCUUCCCAAGACUGCUCCACAGAUCGAAGCUCAAAUGCGACUUCGAGCCAAAGCCCUCAAUGAUCUGGCUGAGCAUUUGAUUGAGCACUAUCCGGCACAGAUUUCUCGAGUGGUUCGGUUUCAGUUGCUGUUGAAUGCCGAAAAACUGGCUGCUGCACAGGCCAUCUGGAAAGUGCAAGAAGAGAUCCAACGCAAAUACCCCCAAGAAGACCGCGAGAUGACAUAUCUCGAUUUCACUUUGCGUGCUCUGCACGAAACACGACAGAAAUAUCCCAACAUUGAAAAGGGAGAAAGUGAUCGAGUACGACAUUGGCUUGUCAACAGUCCAAGUCAAGUAAACCACCUGCUUAGCGAACUCGGAAGUUGUUUGCGAGAGCUGGAGCCCAUGGAUGUGACAAAUCCUGUGGUCAUCCGUGAUUACCUUCAAGAAGCUGUUGAUCUGUGGAUUGCAACAUAUUCAGCCACAUUCAAGUUUCGCGAAGACAAUGCACCACUCUAUGGGCUUGGGGAUGAGGUCUUCGAGGAUGGAGUGGUGAAGUCUGGAUUCCCAGUGGACUUGCCCCAUCAUCCUUGGAGCUCAGAGUUUGAAAAUUUCGGAUUCGGCCAGGAGCUGAUCUAUGACAUCUGCAAAUUUCUCCACGAGUGGUGGAACGUCGACACGAGCGAUAAGAAAAAGAAAAUGCCGACUGAUAUUGAUGGAAAACCAUAUGAAGCUCCUAAAAAGGCAGCUCUCCAAGGAUUGGCAGCUCGUCUCCCGGUAGAGGUUGAGCUGUUUUCUCGCCUUGUCAGAGAAGAAUCAAUUCAAACCAUGGUAGCUUUGAGACACAAACAAACCGAUCUAGAGGUGUUGAGGGAUGAAGUUCGCAAUCUCAACGCCGAGGUCAGAGACCGUAUGAAGAAAGCUGUGCUUGCCAUUUCCCAUUUCAAUAUGCCAGGUGCGAUCCACCUUGCAGAAAAAUUCCGGGAUUUCAGCUUGUUGAUGGAACUGAAUUACACAUAUGGAAAAUCACUCGAGGAAGACGCUUUUCGGAAUCCCUCGCUGGUUAGCACCAACGAGAAGAAGCUGCGAGAACUGGAGGAAGCUACCGAAACCUACUUCGAUCGCUUUGGCAAGGGCUGGGCAUUUGCCAACUUCAGUCAACUCGUCGUUGAUGGAGCCUGUGGAACUUUGCUGCAACGAAGCCAAGAGGAUGAGAACAAACGAAAGUACAUCCAAUGGUUCUUCAACAGAGCUCAGGAACACGGCCAGCAACUUGGCAAGCUUAGCUGGAUAACGGAUGUGCUGAUAUCGAAUGACUAUUCUCAUGCGGAAAAGACACUUGCACACGUCUCCACAGAAGAGACAGUCGAUGUCUGGAACAAGAAGACUGAACUCGCUCUUGCUAAGUUGGCACAUCUAGCAGCUGGAGGCGAGGAUUUGGAAAAGUACAACAAGGAAAUCGCGUUGAUUGAUGUCCAAGAGGUGGUGCAUACGCAUGUUAGAACAGCCUUGGGUGCAACCGUUGACGACAAGGCUGCGAAUGAUCUUGCCUCCGAGAUAUUCGCUACCAGAGUCACUGCGAAGACGCCUGCUCUGAAGCGACAAUUAAAGAAUGGAUUGAAGUCGCUCCUCUCCAGAGUACCUCUAUCGCCCGAAGAACUGGUCGAUGUGUUGACACUAAUGGACCCUACCGCAUGGGAGGGAGAUCCACUAGACGAUCCUAAUAUUGUUGGGAACGAGUUCAACCUUGCCUUACGGGUCGUGAGGAUCUCAGCUUCAUUAUCGACACCCCUCCAAGACGAUCUCCGCGCACUCAUCUGGAGACGAGCAAUGGUGCGAGACGACUGGCUCGCCUUGAACAACACGGCCGGCAAAGACGACUCCGAAGUCGAGCGCGCCAUGACAUCAACCAGCCUGUACAAAACCCUCGAAGCUGCCUGCUUAGCCGACCAAAUGGACGGCGAACCCCUACAACUGCUCUCACCAAGUGACAUCCUCGCUCGCGAAGUCUUCUCUGGCGCCCUGCAGUACCGCUUCGUCGAGAAUGAAUUGGACGGUAUCCGCAAGGAUCUCGAGAAGGAGCAGGCUAGACUGAAGUCUUUUGUGGAUAAGGGGCGGCUCGAGGAGCAUUAUGGUGGUCUGGUCACGUUUGCGGAGCGUCAGGCCAGGGAGUUUGCGGAUCGCCAGGGGGAGGACAUGGCGAGGGAGGUCACUGAGGUUGAUGCCUAG